AUGACAUUCGGUAAACAAGCAGAUCCAGAUUUAACUAAAUUAUUAGAUAAAAAAUUAGCAAUUAAAUUAAAUGGAAAUAGAACAGUACAUGGAAUAUUAAGAGGAUUUGAUACAUUUAUGAAUAUAGCAUUAAAAGAUACAGUUGAAGUUGUUUCACCAACUGAGAAAUAUGAAAUAGGUAUGGUUAUCAUUAGAGGUAACUCAAUACUUUUAAUGGAACCAUUAGAGUCAAUGGCAUACGUACCAAAAACAGAGUAA